AGAGAGAGAGAGAUGAGGAGAUGUUGAGAGAAAGACGAACGGAGGGACCAAGAGGGAGUUGGGUCUGGGCAGCUGAUGGCCGUGACGCCAUCGCGUCACUACUCCGGCCACCGUACGUGACUCCGACCCCAACGUCAUGCCUUCCAUGCUUCUCUCUAACAUGGGGGAAUGGCAGUCAUCAGUCAUGCUUCCCGAAGUCUCGUCUGAGUGAUUCAGGCUACCAACAACAUUAGGGGAUUUUCGCUGGUACCAACAAUCAUGGGAGCAACACAGCUUACUACCUUUGUACAUAAUCAGUUUUCCCGCUCAAACUUUCUAUUUUUUAACUUUCAUUACUCAUGCUUCUCCACCGUGAUUCUAUCAAAACCCAAUCUCCGCUCCGAUGCGAGGAGAAAAGCCAGCAAAUUUCUCGUUUACUGCAACACCCAGAUCACGAAAUACGGAAAAAAUGGUGAUAUCAAAGCGGCUGAGUCCGUCUUCGACCGCAUGCCCCACAAGAAUACCAUCUCUUGGACUGCCAUGCUCACAGCAUAUGCAGAAAAUGGCAAAACCGUUAAAGCUCGGAAUAUGUUCGACCAAAUGCCCGAACGAAGCACAGCUUCAUAUAAUGCCAUGAUCACUGCGUAUAUUCGGAACAAUUGUAGGGUAGAAGAAGCUUUUGAGCUGUUUUCUGAGAUGCCCGAGCGUAAUGCUAUCUCUUAUGCGGCCAUGAUCACAGGUAUUGCACGGGCAGGGAUGCUUGACAAGGCCGAGAAGCUCUAUUCUGAUAUGCCUGUGAAGUGGCGGGACCCCGUUUGUUCGAAUGCCUUGAUAAAUGGGCUUUUGAAGGUGGGAAGGUUGGAAGAGGCGGGUUGGGUUUUUGAGGGUAUGGUGGAAAGAGACGUGGUUUCUUGGAGCUCUAUGGUUGAUGGGUACUGCAAAGAGCAACGGAUAGUUGAUGCCAGAAAUUUGUUUGAUAUCAUGCCCGAGAGAAAUGUAGUUACUUGGACGGCAAUGAUUGAUGGGUAUAUGAAGAUAGAGAGUUUCAAAGAAGGGUUUGAAUUGUUUUUAGGCAUGCGAAGGGAAGGAAUAGUGAAGGUAAAUUCUACUACCUUGACUGUGCUCUUUGAGGCUUGUGGCACUUUCGGUAGGUGUGGAGAAGGGAUUCAAGUGCAUGGAUUGGUUUCACACAUGGGAUUUGACUUUGAUGUCUUCCUAGGAAAUUCUAUCAUGACCAUGUACUGUAGAUUUGGUUGUAUGGAUGUAGCUACCAAGAUAUUUCAUCAGAUGAGUAGGAAAGAUGUAGUUUCUUGGAAUUCAUUGAUUGCAGGUUACGUCCAAUGUGGCUCAAUUGAAGAAGCCUUUAGGCUAUUCGAGAGGAUGCCUGGAAAAGAUGUAGUUUCAUGGACAACCAUGAUUACAGGAUUCUCUAGCAGAGGGAUAACCGAAAAAUGCGUCCAGUUGUUUAAAUUGAUGCCUGAGAAAGAUGAUAUUUCUUGGACUGCUGUCAUUUCAGGGUUUGUGAAUAAUGGAGAGUAUGAGGAGGCCUUCCGUUGGUUUAUUGAGAUGCUUCAGAAAGCAGUCAGACCAAACCCUCUUACUUUGAGCAGUGUGCUUAGUGCUUCAGCCAGUUUAGCAACACUUAACCAAGGGCUGCAAAUCCAUGCUCAUGUAUUAAAGAUGGUUAUGGAAUUUGAUUUGUCCGUUCAAAACUCUUUGGUCUCGAUGUACUCAAAAUGUGGAAAUAUGGAUGAUGCUUACCGAAUCUUCACAAAUAUCAUUGCACCCAAUAUUGUUUCUUUUAACUCGAUGAUUACUGGAUAUGCACAAAAUGGGUUUGGGGAAGAAGCACUCCGAUUAUUUCGGAAAAUGCAGAAUGAAGGCCGGGAAACAAAUCAAAUCACAUUUCUUGGUGUUCUUUCAGCCUGCACCCACGUGGGAUUUGUAGAAGAAGGAUGGAACUAUUUUAUGUCAAUGAAUUCACAAUAUAAUAUUGAACCAGGGCCUGAUCACUAUGCAUGCAUGGUUGAUCUCUUUGGCCGAGCUGGAUUGCUAGACAAAGCAGUUGAUUUGAUCCAAUCAAUGCCUUUUGAGCCACAUUCUGGAGUUUGGGGAGCUCUUCUUGGUGCAAGCAGGACCCAUAUGCGUAUUGAUAUUGCAAAGCUCGCGGCUGAACACCUUAUCAAAUUGGAGCCUGAUAAUGCAACCCCUUAUGUGGUCUUAUCGAACUUAUAUUCUGUAACAGGGAAAAGGAAGGAUGGGAAUGAAGUCAGAAUGACCAAGAAAUCAAAAGGGAUCAGGAAGAAUCCAGGUUGCAGUUGGAUUAUAGUGAAUGACAAGGUUCAUUUGUUUCAUGCAGGAGAUGAAUACCAUAUGGACUUGGAAAGGAUUAAGGUUACACUUUGGACCAUUGCAGUGGAAAUGAAACAGUUGGAUUACAAUAGAUAUUGAUCUGUUUCCUUUCUUUAAAAUGACCUAUGUCACUGGAGGACUGCGGGUCAUCACCAUUAGUAUUUCUUGUACAUAUCUUGGUUGUCUUCUGUGUCUUAUGUUUGAUUAUUUAAGGCUAGUAAUGAGGCUUUAUUUGGGAGGACAACAGAGAUUCUUAGGUUGCUUUUCCUCCUCUUACUUUCGCUGGAGGCUUGAGGAAUUAAGUAAACAAUUACAAGAAAAGGCAUCACUCUUUCAAUGGGUAAUGAUGAUUUAAUAUGCAGCUUACAUCAAAUUUGUUUUUUGUUUUUUUAUUUCUCUUUGGAAACUUGCAUGGGGCUGAAAGUUUUGAAGAAGACAUCUGAGUUUUUUAGCUGAUGGGUACCAGCCAGCAACCGUGCUGUUAUAGUGGGACUCUUAAGGGUAGAUGGUUGCAUUUUCCUGUCGGAAAUAUGCUUCAAGCUCCACUCCUGCUUUUGUUGCAAAUAGUUCAUACACUGUA